GCAGCGACAUGGGAGGACGCGGCACAUUGGUUGCACUUGUGGCCAGCCUGGUGUGCCUCUUUGGGCCGGAUGUGGUGGGGCCUGCGCGACGGAACGAGUGUCCCUACGGCUUUCACUGGCUCAAUCCCUACCAGAGGGAUCAAUGCGUGCGCAUGGCCUACAGGCCGCGACAGCAGCCGGACACAAUCCGCAAGGACUUCGGCUGGUUUCUGCCCGAUAAGGACGCGGGCAAGACGACCGCCACGCCCGGGUAUCCCAGCGGCAUCAUUCCGUGGUACGACUCGCCUGAAGAGAGACCACCCAAAGUGGCACUGGCACCUGUGGUUGUCGAAGAGCAGGAUGUGGAGUUAACGGAGGAAGAAGCCACAGAGGAGCCCGAAGAAGGAGCACAGAACGCGACAACAUCCGCAGCGGCAGGAGAUACAACGAAAGCGACGCCAGAAGAAACAACAGUCGUCACAAAGCCACCAGAAGGCGGAGGCAAACCAACUGAAGAAGGAGGCAAGACACCUGAAGGCGGAGACAAGAAUCCUGAAGGCGGAGGCAAGCCACCAGCAGAAGGAAGCAAACCACCUGAAGGCGAAGGCAAACCACCUGAAGGGGGAGGCAAGCCACCAGCAGAAGGAAGCAAACCACCCGCAGCCGAAGAAACUCCAUCCGAAGGCGAAGGCAAACCACCUGAAAGCGGAGACAAACCACCCGCAGGGGGAGAAACUCCAUCCGAAGGCGAAGAAACUCCCUCUGAAGGCGGAGAAACUCCCUCUGAAGGCGGAGGCACACCAUCUGAAGGCGGAGGCACAGCACCGGGUAGAACUGUUGGAGGUAACAGAAAAUCGAGCAAGCGAAAGGCGGAUCAAGUGGAUGGACAACCAGAACCGGAAGCCGAAUGGCAUCCCUGGAGCUGGUCGCAGCCGAAAAGCACCCAAAAGCCACCGCCCAAGGUGCUGCCAAAGCAAAAGCCCACAAAGAUGGAAGUUGUGGAGGAUAACCAAGAUGAAUGGCACCCCUGGAGCUGGUCGCAGCCAAAGAGGAGCAGCAAGCAGGCAACAGAGAAGGUCGUGGGCAGCGGAGAGAUCACCACCAGAAAGCCAAAGACCGCCCGAAAGGUGCCAUUGAAGACUUCACAGAUCGCCGAAGAGUUUCCGCUGUGGAGUUGGGACUCGUAGCCGAAGGUCGGGGCUGGACUGGCAUUAGAUUAGAAUUAGAGCGUGGAAAAAUAACUUAAGUGAAACGGAAAACUGU